AUGAUGUCUUUCAGCGCAGCGCGCUUCGCCAUCUCACUGCUUCCGCUGUUUGCCGCUGCAGCCCGCGCCGUCUCUCUCUCCGACUUCACGCCCCGCGUCGACGGCCUGUCGGACAAGUGCAGCACUGUCUACAACCGCGAAAUCAAGGACUGCACCGCCGAUGACCUCCAGACCGGCGAGAACUGUUCCGUGGCAUGCAUCAGCGGCCUGCUGACCAUUGCGUCGCAAGUCAAGUCGUACUGCGCCGACGACGAUGUCGCCGAGACGUCCAUCAUCGGCGUCUUCCUGCUGGGAAAGGGCCCCGAGACGCUCUGCUCCAACAUUGCCGCCACCACCAUCGGCAGCGGCGGCCACACGUCUACCACGUCUACGUCGCACAGCACUACCGAGAAGACCACCAGCACCCGGGAGACUUCGACUGAGGCCACCACCACCAUGGAGCCUGGUACCACCAUCAUAGCGGGCACCAGCACGACCGCAGAGGCGAGCACGACCGCAGCAAUGUCAACCACCUCGACGACUGCGUCUUCGACAGACGACACGUCGACCUCGGCGGCCGAGACCACGACGGCAGCAGCGGCAACUACGACGACAGCAGACUCGAGCUCGGAAAGCUCGGAGGCAGCAACGAGUACCUCUUCGGCGGCGGCAUCAACGUCCUCCGGCGCGACGGAUCUGGAAUCCCUCAACGACGGCAGCGGAGGCGGAAGCCCGUUCGACCUGGCUCUCGGCAACGCCUCUCCCCGGGCAUGUCUCUCUGGCGCGGCAAUGGGCGCGUGGGCACUACUUUUGGUUCUCUUUUUCUCAUGA